AUGUUUCGAUCUAGUUGGCAGACUCUCCUACGGUCGCGAUGCGUAUCACCUGUCCAGGUGUCAGGACCUUUGCCCCUGGCGCGCGCAUCGUUUUCCAUCUCGGCUCGAUGUGAGCUCAUGGAGAUGACGGGUUUCACAGAGGAACAGCUUACUGUUCGAGACGCUAUUUCAAAUAUUUGUUCCAAGUUCCCCAAUACAUACUGGCAGGAACACGACCAGCAGGAGAAAGAUCCAAGGGAGUUUCACGCCGCAUUGGCAAAGGAUGGCUGGCUCGGAAUCGCUCUACCAGAAGCUCUUGGCGGAGCAGGUUUAGGUAUAUCCGAAGCUACAAUGAUGAUGCAGACUAUUACGCAGUCUGGUGCAGGCAUGGCGGGAGCGCAAGCCAUCCACGCCAACGUAUAUGCCACGCAGCCGCUCGCAAGAUUUGGCACUCAAGAACAACUCGAGACUACUAUUCCCAACAUCAUUAAUGGAACAUGGCGCACUUGUUUCGGAGUCACCGAGCCAAACACCGGCCUCGAAACCCUCAAGCUCAAGACAUUGGCAACAAAGACGGCAGACGGGUACUCCAUAUCCGGUCAAAAGAUCUGGAUUACAUGUGCACAAGUUGCGUCGAAAAUGAUCCUCUUGGCUCGAACCACCCCGCUCGAAGAGGUAAAAAAGUCAACAGAGGGUCUAUCCAUGUUCUGCAUUGACCUCAACCGCGACCAACCAGGUCUAGAUAUGCGCAAGAUCAAGAAAAUGGGCGGUCGCGCCGUGGAUGCGAAUGAAGUAUUCUUCGACAAUUAUACCAUCCCAGCAAACACACUCAUCGGCCGAGAGAACGAUGGCUUCAAGAUUAUCCUACACGGUAUGAAUGCCGAGCGAUGUUUGCUAGCAGGCGAAGCUCUCGGUCUUGGGUACGCAGCGCUGGAAAAAGCCGCGCAGUACGCAAAAGAUCGUGUGGUUUUCGGCCGACCUAUAGGUCAGAAUCAAGGCGUCUCACAUCCUUUGGCGGAUGCGUAUAUGAAAUUAGAGGCGGCGAAGCUUGCGACGUACCAUGCUGCUCGACUUUACGAUACGAAUGACGGUACUAUCCCCAUGCAUGCGAUCGGCGUCGCUUGUAACAGCGCGAAGUAUUUGGCAGCCGAAGCGGCUUUCACGGCUUGUGAAAGAGCGGUUUUGGCACAUGGUGGUAUGGGCUACGCGAUGGAAUAUGAUGUGGAAAGAUAUAUGCGGGAAUGUUUUGUUCCUAGGAUUGCGCCUGUGAGUCGGGAGAUGAUUUUGAAUUAUGUUAGUGAGAAGGUAUUGGAUUUGCCUCGGAGCUAUUAA